UCCUCGGCGCUUUCACCGCCGUCUUUCUCAGGCCCCGCCCCUUUUUACGCUGGAAGCUGUGAAACUCCGGAGACUGGAUUACGGCUACCGAGUGGGCUGAGCGGCUCUGGGCGGCGUAGUGCGCAGGCGCGAGCGUUUGGAUCCCGACGCGCGGCGCUCGGUUGAAGCGGGAGUGAGUUCCUAGGCGCCGAGACCCGGCAGCGGGCGGGCGAGCGAGCGAGCGUCCGAGCUUUGCCGCCAUGGCAGCCCUGCAGUACGCGGGCCUGGACGACACGGACAGCGAGGACGAGCUGCCCCCGGGCUGGGAGCAGAGAACCACCAAGGACGGCUGGGUUUAUUAUGCCAAUCACACUGAGGAGAAGACUCAGUGGGAACAUCCGAAAACGGGAAAACGAAAACGAAUAGCAGGAGAUUUGCCGUAUGGAUGGGAACAAGAAACUGAUGAGAACGGACAGGUGUUUUUUGUCGACCAUAUAAAUAAAAGAACUACCUAUUUGGACCCAAGACUGGCAUUUACUGUGGAUGAUAAUCCUACAAAGCCAACCACCAGACAGAGAUACGAUGGCAGCACGACUGCCAUGGAAAUACUCCAGGGCCGGGAUUUCACUGGCAAAGUGGUCGUAGUUACCGGAGCUAAUUCAGGCAUAGGGUUUGAAACUGCCAAGUCUUUUGCCCUCCAUGGUGCACACGUGAUCCUGGCCUGUAGGAACAUGACAAGAGCGAAUGAAGCUGUGUCACGCAUUUUAGGAGAAUGGCAUAAAGCCAAGGUAGAAGCAAUGACCCUGGAUCUUGCUGUGCUCCGUAGCGUGCAGCAUUUUGCUCAAGCGUUCAAGGCCAAGAAUGUGUCUCUUCACGUGCUUGUGUGCAACGCAGCGGCUUUUGCUUUACCCUGGAGCCUCACAAAAGAUGGCCUGGAGACCACUUUCCAGGUGAACCACCUGGGCCACUUCUACCUGGUCCAGCUCCUUCAGGAUGUCUUAUGCCACUCAGCCCCUGCCCGGGUCGUUGUGGUCUCCUCAGAGUCCCAUAGAUUUACAGAUAUUAAUGAUUCCUCGGGAAAACUAGACUUUAGCUGCCUUUCUCCAUCUAAAAGUGACUACUGGGCCAUGCUGGCUUACAACCGGUCCAAACUCUGCAACAUUCUUUUCUCCAACGAGCUCCAUCGCCGCCUCUCCCCACGUGGGGUCACAUCAAAUGCAGUGCAUCCUGGAAAUAUGAUGUACUCCUCCAUUCAUCGCAACUGGUGGGUGUACACACUGCUGUUUACCUUGGCCAGGCCUUUCACCAAGUCCAUGAUUUAGCAAAAGCCUGAUGUUACUGACUCAUAGGAAACGUUACCUGACAGAAAUUGCUCAGCCUGAAUACCGUAUGCUGCUUGCAGUUACCUCUUGGCCAAACCCCGAGACCCACGCUCUUUCUCUGGUGUUGGGUUCCCCAGCUCUCCACCCUUCGGAGUGGGAUGUUUAGGGCGUAACCUCCCAGGACCUGCAACCCAUGCCGGGAAGCAGAGGCCAUUUAUUACCCCAGCUUCCUGUCCACGGGAGGCCCAGGGAGGCCUUGAAAUUCGCAGCUGCAAGUCAAAUUCCACCAGCGCAGUUACGGAAUUUAAUGAGGCCUCUCCGGACACAAAGAGAGAUGGACAUUUCUGGGCUUGCUGGCUCGGCUCCCUAUGCCCCUCCUCUCUCCUGAUGAGACCUUCGUGGAAAGACCUCUGAUGUUGGCGCGGCUGCGUCCCUCCUUUUGCUUUGUUAUUCUACAUUUCAACUCUAGACUUGCUUGGCCCCCUCAGAAUAUAUUGCUCACAAUAAAAGAAACCCCACCCCCUAAAAAUCCAAGACUGUUAAGUUUUACGAUAUAGUUAUCACUUAGUGAGCCCUUACAAGAAUGACCUCAUCCAAUCCACGAUUUCCCAACUGGGGCUGAUUUUGCCCCCCCCCCCCCGGGGGGACAUCUGGCAAUGCUGGAAACAUUUUUGGUUGUCACAACUCAGGAGGAAGGGCUGGUGUCUACUGGUGUCUAAGGAGUGGAGGCCAGGGAUGCUGCUAAACAUCCUACAAUGAACAGGACAGCCCCUCGCCACAAAGAAUUAUCCAGGCCCAGAUGUCAAUAGUGCCGAGGGUGGGAAAAUCUGGCCUGGUGUGUUUCUCAACCUUGUACUUCAUUAUCGCCUCCCACCCCCAGGAGCCUUUCAGACCUGAUUUUCCUAAUCGCCCCCACCCAUGAAAUUCUAAUACUACACAUCUGUUUCUGUACUAUAUGCAUAUCUAUGCUUUACACAUUAAAAGGGUAAAAAUUUUUUCUGUCCCCCCUGCCUUCCCAGAACUAAUUUUCAUUCCCCUAGAGGUGUUUUCGCCCCCGUUGGGAAUGCACAGUCUACAGAAAGGCUUUAUCCGUAGGAAACAUGGAGCCAAAUGAGGAUUUUGAGCAAGGGCAUCUACGCAGUGAUGGGAUUCAAAUUAUAAAACAAUCCUGGCAGCCAUGUGGCAAGUGGGAGGGGUUAGGGUAGGCAGGACCUGUGGCUCUAAAUCCGAAGGUCUCUCCCCAUUAGGAGCAAACCUCCUCUUCCAGCAAUAUCAGCAGCCGCAUGUCACCCGCUCCCCCACCCUGAGCCAUUGCCACCCUCAGUCUCUUGACAUCCUCCUGCCUUUUAGCUGCCAGUGCUUGGGAACCUUGGGAACCUCUCUCUGGAGAUGCCCUUCCCUUCAAUGGUGCAUGUGGUAAGUUCUCCCACUCUGGGGUCCAGCAACACUAAGGCAUGCUAUUCCACCCAAAUAUGAAUUUCAAGAGUGUGUCUUCCUUGUCCAUCCUUGGAUGUCCUGCACAGUUCCUGACACAGAGAAGGUGCUUGAUCCUUGUUUUUUGGGUGAAUGAAUGAAUGAAUAAGGACUUUUCUUGUUGCAAAGCUCCUUGCACACGUUAAUCUAGCCAGCAUCUUGUGAAACACACCUACUUCUUUCUGAUCUUCAUUUUUAGGUAGUUUUGAAAUGAGAACCAAUGAGACUGCUUUUGCUCCCAGUACGCCUCACACUCCCAGCACCCAGGGCUGUGUGGUCAGAGUCUCAGAUCCGGAGCACGUGAUAUGCGUGGGCCUGCGACUAACAGAGCCACACAGUGUGCGAUGGAGGCUGCCUGGGAGGCCAACGGAGCAAGUAAUUUCUGAAGAAGGGACCCACGAGGCAGAGAAUGAGGGCCGUGAUGCAGAACAAGGAGCACAUACAUUUUGCCACUGCAGCUCAAUUUGGGUCUCAAGGAUCUAGCUAGUUUGAGGAUCUAGAUGGGGAAUCCUCAACUUGUGAGCACCAUGGCCUCGGCAUCCCCAGGCCUUAACAUCCACACCAGUAAAAUGGCUCCUGGAUUAGUGUGAGGCUGAGAUAAAAUAAUACACAGAGAAAGUGCCUGGGGCAUCCAUGGGGCUCAACAGUUAUUACUUCUCUCUUCUCCACACUUGGUCUCUCGACUUCCACUUCCAUUUUAAAUACUUUUUCCUUUUUUGUGUGAGGAAGAUCAGCCCUGUGGUAACAUCUGCCAAUCCUCCUCUUUUUUUGCUGAGGAAGACUGGCCCUGGGCUAACAUCCGUGCCCAUCUUCCUCCACUUUAUAUGGGACGCCGCCACAGCAUGGCUUGCCAAGCGGUGCGUCAGUGCGUGCCCGGGAUCCGAACCUGCGAACCCCGGGCUGCCACAGCAGAGCGCGCGCACUUAACCGUUUGCACCACCAGGCCAGCCCCUUAAAUACUUUUCCGUGAGGCCAAUCUUAGUGCUGACGUUUGCAAUGUCUCUGCAAUGCCUGGUUCAGAUGCACAAAUGGAGAACAGAAGAUUGAUGCCUCUAGAGCGUGUGUGCGCCCCCCGCCCACCCCAGUCCUCAUCUUUAGCGUAGGCCCACCAAAAGGGAAAUGAGUGGCUGACAUGCAGCACCUCUCCUUUGGUUUGUUUUGUCUUGUUGAACCAGCACACAAGCUCAUCAGAGAAGUUUCCUCUGGUCUCUGGGAGAAUCAGGUUUUCACUGGGGCUCAUGCGCACUUCAACACAGCAACUCUUUUGAUGCCUCCAGGCAAUUUCAUAAGAGCUGUUAUAUUCUCCUCUUUCCCCCAUAAGUGGUAUUUCAGGCACGCUAUACAUCUUUGAAUCAAGAGGUUGUUUUGAAUCAGUCCUUUCGGGAAGACUUACUCAGAGAGGUGAGUGGCCGAGGACUCCAGAGCUCUCCAAGGAGGAGGGAGGAGAAGGAAGGCAUUUGUCAGAAAGGCGCAGGCCCUUGAAUCUGUAAACAGCCUUCCACGGGGAACCAGGAGUCCUCAUGAGGUCUUAGAGGCUCUGAAAUCCUCCGGAUAACACUUGUUUGCCUCAUUAGUUAUGACCACAGAAGCUCUUGGGGUGGCCCUAUUUCUGUCCUGGCCCCCAAAACAAACCAAACACCAGGAGCCGUGAGGACAUCAGCUAAAUGCGGCUGCCCCCUCAUUUUAUUUUCCUUCCUGGAAACCCACCACAGACCUGCUCUCUUCAUAGGUCCUCACUGGGGGGAAUUUCUUCGUUCCGUUUUCUCUGAGGGGCUUUAAUACACAAUUUUUAGUAAACACAAGUGGUAGGAGUAACGGAAUAGAAGAAAGAAAACGGCGAAAGCUGAGCCUGAGUGGAGUGCUCAGAAGAAGGGAAAUUCCAACAGAGGGCAAGGACGGGCUGCUGGGUCUCAGGGGACCGCCUGUAAGUCUGUGACUGCCCUGCCAGACCUCCUUCCUGGCCUCGGGGCAGACGCACACUCCCAUCUUACCCUCACCCCCGGCUCCCCUCUGGGAAGAGUUCUUUCUGGCAAGCAGCAGGCACACCUACAAGCAAGGAAACUCCAGGUACCUUUCUUUUAAUUGAGGUGAAAUUCACAUCACAAAAAAUUCACCAUUUUAAAGCAAACAAUUCAAUGGCAUUUAGUACGUUCACAAUUUUUUGCAACCACAACCUCUAUAUAGUUCCAGAAUAUUUCAUCGCCCCACAAUAACACCCUGUAUCCACUAAGCGGUCUUUCUCUAUCCCUCUCUCCUCUCAGCCCUCGGCAGCCACCAGUCUGCUUUCUGUCUCUAUGGAUUUGCCUCUUCUGGACGUUUCAUAUAAAAGGAGUCUAAUAAAGUGUGACAUUUUGUGUUGGUCUUUGUUCACUUAGUAUAAUGUUCUCAAGGUUCAUCCACAUUAUAGCACGUAUCAGUACUUCAUUCCUUUUUAUGGCUGAAUAAUAUUCUGUUGUAUGUUUAUACCAUGUCUUGAUUAUCCAUUUGGAUUAUUUCCAUCUUUUGGCUAUUGUGAAUAGUGCUCUAUGAAUAAAUAUGUGUGUGAGUACCUGUUUUCAAUUCUUUUGGCUAUAGACCCAGGAGUGGUACAUGCCUAGUGCUGGAUCGUAUGGUAAUUCUGGCUCUAACUUUUUGAGGAACUGUCAAACUGUUUUCCACAGCAGCUCAACCAUUUUACAUUUCCACCAGCAAAGUACAAGUGUUCCAGUUUCUGCACAUCUUCACCAAUACUUGUUAUUUUCUCAGGUACUUUUUCAUCUCUCUCUCCCCUCCUCUCUCCCUCACAUCUUCACGCUGGUGGAAUGAGAUCAGGUCACAGGAGCUGUGUCCACCUUCGUCAGCAUCAGGCCCCCUUGGUGGGCAGCCGUGGUCCUACCUGGUCAGAGCUCCAGCCUCCCUUUUU